AUGGUUAUUUUUUCUAAAAUAUCUUUUUCCUUUAUAUUAUUCAAUAUUAUAAUAUUUGCAAUAAUAAGUAACUGUCUUAUUGAUGUCAACUCUUAUCAAAGAAAUAAAAGAUCUAUUGUUUUAAUUAAUCAUAAAUUUGUAUCUCCAAUCCCAUAUUAUAUUGGGCCUUUUACUAAAAACUAUACAAGUAUACAUGAAGCUUUAUAUAGAAUUCAAAACAAUACAUGUAUUAGAUUCAAACCAGCAAUUUUUUAUGUAUAUGGUACAGGUGGUUUUAAUUUCUUAAGAACUCAUACAUUAUGUGAAUCUUCUUCUGGACCAAAACUUGGUGAUGAAAAACAUAUUAACUACGUUUAUAUAUCAGAAAAUUGUGAACAUAGUAUUGGAAAAAUUGAACAAUUAGUUGGUAAAAUGCUUGGUUUAGUACCUGAAAUUUAUCGUGAUGAUAGAAAUAAAUAUGUUCAAAUAAACUAUAGUAAUUUAGAUAAAAGAACAAGAUUAUUUUACAAAAAAGCUUCAUAUAAAAAAAAUGAUACUAUGACUUUUGGAUAUGAUUUUCUAUCUGGAACACAUUUUUAUGCAAAAAAUUACAGUGUAAAUGGCAAAGUAGUUAUUGAACCAAAAAAACCUUAUGAAUAUUAUAAAUAUUCUAUGGGUCAACCUUAUGGUUUAUCUUUUUCUGAUAUUAAACUUUUGAAUAAAAAAUAUUGUUUUGAUAUAUAUAGAAAAAAUCACUGUAAAAACAAUGGAUACCGUAAUCCAAAUAAUCCUAAAAAAUGUUUAUGCCCAUCAGGAUUUGCUGGUUCAAAAUGUGAAAAACAAAUAAAAAGUAGCAGUGCUUGUGGAACAACAUUUAGACGUGCAUGGAGUUGUGUUAAACAAAUUAAUGUAAAAGGAAUUGCUAAAUGUAGUUAUUUUAUUAAAUCUUUAAAAAAUAAAAGAGUAAAAAUCAUAAUUGAUAAAAGUGAAACAGAGCCAAAUGAACAUUGUUACAAAAAUAUGGGAGUUGAAAUUAAAUAUAGAGAUAAUAAAGGUGUAUCAGGUGUAUGCUUAUGUGGUAGUUACUCAAACCUUACUUUUAUAUCAGAAAAUAAUUUUGCUGUAGUUGUAUAUCAUGGAUUUAAUGAAACUAACAGAAUUAAUAUAAGAUACCAAUCAGUUACAAAAUCUGCAGCUAAAAUUAAAUAA